AUGACGUCAUACAUAAGCUUGGCGCUUGCUGCUCAUGGCCCACCAAUCAUUUUGGAGCCCCUGGUUCCAUCAUUCAGGACGACGACUACGACCACCACCACAACGACAACGACGACUACAACCCCAACGCCUCCGACAUCAUCAGGAAGUCAUAACUUCCCACAUGUCACUCUCAUGUCGGAUAUCCUUGACAAUAUCACAGCUGUUGUACUGUUUGGAAAUGAGUCCGUCACAGGGAUACAUACAAAUCUUACAACUAUUUUGGAACCGCGCGGACCACGUUAUUCACUGUCGUCGAUGAUUUUAAUGGGUGUCAUAGCGGGCAUUCUCAGUUUGCUGACAGUGGUGGGCAACGUUAUGGUGAUGAUAUCCUUUAAAAUCGACAAGCAACUGCAAACUAUAAGCAAUUACUUUUUGUUCUCAUUGGCAAUUGCCGAUUUUGCAAUUGGCCUGAUAUCGAUGCCUUUGUUUGCUGUCUCCACCAUAGUCGGAUAUUGGCCUCUUGGGCCGCACAUUUGUGACACCUGGCUAGCCUUAGACUACUUAGCCUCGAACGCCUCAGUUCUUAAUCUUCUAAUAAUCAGCUUUGAUCGAUACUUCAGCGUCACAAGGCCUCUCACCUACCGGGCCAAAAGAACGACUAAUAGAGCUGCCUGCAUGAUAGCUGCCGCCUGGGGAAUAAGUCUGAUUCUCUGGCCUCCUUGGAUCUACAGUUGGCCGUACAUUGAGGGCAAACGAACGGUUCCACAGGAUGAAUGCUACAUUCAGUUCAUUGAAACCAAUCAAUAUAUCACAUUUCUAACUGCGCUGGCGGCGUUUUAUUUCCCAGUAACAAUAAUGUGUUUCCUAUAUUACCGAAUAUGGAAGGAAACCAAGAAACGCCAGAAGGACUUGCCAAAUUUACAGGCUGGGAAGAAGGAUUCGUCUAAACGUUCCAAUUCGAGUGAUGAGAAUACAGUUAUUAACCACACUGGUGCUAUGCUGUCUAUAACACAACUAGGGGGUGUGGGUGGUGACCACGAAACUUGGAGACGGCCACGUUCCGAAUCGUCUGCUGAUGCUGAAAGUGUUUACAUACCCAACAUGAUAAUUGAUCCCAGUUACCAAGGAAUCCAUUCCAGAAAGUCAAGCAUCAAGAGUAUACAGAAACCCAAAGGUACAUAUCCAUGUCUCGGCAGUGUAAAGGAAUGGUGCAUUGCGUGGUGGCAUUCCGGACGAGAAGAUUCCGAUGAAUAUCCCUACGAACAGGAGGAACCAUCUGAUAUGGGUUGUGCCUCCAAUAUGAUGCGGGAUACAUAUUCACUUGGCGGAAGCGUAAGUGGUGUGCGCCCACCGAGCAUUUUGCUACCAGAUGUUUCACCAAUUCCACUUAGGCCACCGCUAACGCCAUUGUCACAAAUGCAGGAUAUGAACUCUGUGGGUGGUAAUCGAGAAUCGAGAUCCUUGUCGAACAACAACAAAAUGGCGACACGUUCAGUUAGUCAGGAGUCGGUAUACACUAUACUGAUACGCUUGCCGCCCGAUGGUGCGAGCGCUGGCAAUGGCGUCGAGAUGGCACCAUCAAUCAAAAUGAUUCACGAGGAUUCACCAAUUGCACCUACAAACCUUCUUCCGCGAAGAACUUUACCAUCAAGAGACUCGGAAUAUAGUCUGCCAUUAGGUCGGAGAAUGUCUCACAUAGCUCCGGACGUUCGAAUUCCAUUAAAUGCUAAAAUCAUUCCCAAACAGUUGGGUAAAACGCCACACGCCAUAUCUCGACAUGCUGGCAAGAAAAAAAAGAAAUCACAAGAAAAACGACAAGAAUCAAAAGCAGCAAAAACACUCUCGGCAAUUCUAUUAAGCUUCAUCAUCACCUGGACACCGUACAAUAUUCUAGUCUUAAUAAAACCAUUAACUACCUGUUCCGACUGCAUACCCAACGAGUUGUGGGAAUUUUUUUACGCCUUGUGCUACAUCAACUCAACAAUCAAUCCUGUUUGUUAUGCCCUUUGCAAUGCCUCCUUUCGAAGGACAUAUAUACGCAUUCUAACAUGCAAAUGGCACACCCGAAAUCGCGAAGGAAUGGUCCGUGGAGUUUACAACUAAUUACAUCAAGUUCAUGUAU